UUAAUAAGUUCUCUUCCCCCAAAUAAUGGCAAAAUUUUUAUAAUGGAUAAUGCGAGUAUCCACAAACAAGUUAAACAAAUAAUUAAAAAAACACCACAUGAAGUCAUAUUUUUGCCGACAUAUUCACCUUUUUUAAAUCCGAUAGAAAUAGUUUUUUCUAAGAUGAAAAAUUUGGUAGCAAAACAUCUGCUCGACAGCCAAGAAACAAUUCUAGAAAGAAUUGAAGAAGCGUUCGACAAAGUAACUAAACAAGAUUGUAGAGGUUGGAUUAGUCACUUUCUAUCAUAUUUUGGUAGUUGUUUAAACGAAGAAAGGAUAGAAAUGUAG